AUGGAUCUCCACGCCCUACGGUUGACAUCAAUAAUUAUUACUUCGAAAUCGCUAUCUUGGUCCCGCCAUGAUAAGCGUCUGGUAUUAAAGCCAAUUCCUCUGUACCUAGUCCCCGUAUCCAGCUCUACAGAUUACUUCGUGAUACUUCUAGGCAUAAUGGCCGCCCGCACGUUCCUCGCAUUCCAGCACAACGCAAAGCUGCACACCCUGCAGACGAUUGUGACGGCCGUCCGCCCCUUCACAGCCCUCGAAGAAGCCAACCAGCAGCUGUUCAAGCAAGGGAGCGAGAACGACCAUGUCGUGGUCACCGAACAGACCAUUUUCCAUCCGCAAGGGGGAGGUCAGCCCUCGGACGUGGGCGCGAUGACAGGAUCGUCAGGCACAUUAUUUACAGUGACGGCGGUGCGCAUGGACAGCGUCCGCAGCGGACAAGUGCUGCACCUGGGCUAUUUCAGUGGCAGUGACACAUCCCGUCUAUUCAGCAAAGGGGAAACGGUUCAGCAAAGCAUCGACGUGGAAAAGCGCCUACUAUACUCCCGACUGCACACGGCAGGCCAUGUCCUCGGCGCAGCAGUCCGACACCUCCUGGAGAAAGAAAUCGCGGAUUUCGACGAACUGAAGGCGUCACAUUUCCCAGACUCAGCGUCGUGUGAGUUCCAGGGCGUGAUCGAGGGGAAGUGGAAGGAUCCGAUUCAGCAGAAGGUGGAUAGCUAUGUGGCUGCCCGGAUGCCGGUGGAGGUAGAGUGGUGGGAUGAAGAGGACUUUCGGACACGCGGGCUGGAGAGGUUGAUUCCUGAUCGCGAGGCAAUGGGAUUGACGGCAGAGGAGAAGUUUCGGGUGGUCAAUAUCGUGGGCGCGGAGGUGUAUCCGUGCGGAGGGACGCAUAUGGAUUCGACGGAUCAGUGCGGUGCGGUGGGCGUGAGGAAGAUUUCGAGGAGCAAGGGGAAGUCGAGGGUUAGUUAUGUGGUGGAUUAG